AUGUGGAUUGGCUCUAGCGGCGAGAAGAAGAAGCGAGCGGCCGCGGGCGGUGCCGCCUCGCCGCGGGGCAAGAAGCAGCAGGCCCGCGCGCGGCCCGCCGGGCGCCGCCAGCUCUCGAUGUCCGACUCGGACGACGAGGGCCUGUCCUCCAUCGUGGCAGUGCACGGCGGUGCUCCUGCGCUGUCGGACGAGGAGAGCGAGGGAUCGGGGCCGGCGACGGCGGCGGCCUCCUCCAGCCAGAGGGAAAGCUGCGGAUUUGGUGCGCAGUGUUUCAGAAAGAACCCGGCCCACCGUGUGGAGCUGGCCCAUCCGGGCGACGCCGACUACGCCGUGCCGCCGGACCCGGCCGCCGGCGGCUCGCUGCCUGAGUGCGAGUUCGGCCUCCGCUGCUACCGCAAGAACCCGCAGCACCGGCGCACGUUCGCGCACACGUCCCGCCCCAACCCCGGCCGAGAGGCCAAGCGCAAGGCUCGCCGCCUCGCCCAACAGCCGGCCGACACGCCCGACUCGUACGACCUGGACGACGAGUUCAUCAACGACUCGGACUCGGACGACUACGCGCCGGACGAGUCGGGCUCCGACUGGUCGGCCGACGAGGGCUCGGGCUCCGACGACGACGACAGCCGAGGUGACGGCCCGUAA